AUGUUCGUAUUGGAUGAUCUUCAUUGGAUUGCAGUACUUAAUUCUCGUACUCGUAUGCUCAAAUUAGCUACAGAUGCUGAACGUGCUCAUGCUCAUGGUCUAGUUCGUUCUGAAUUGGCAAAGAUUAUUGAAACAGAACGAGCUGAAGAUAAUCGAUCAGUAGAAUCUCCUGUCAUUGUUAAUCCUUCGCCACAGAAGAAAUUUAAAUCUUAUACAACACAAUUUGAUGAUGAAGUUGAAUAUAAUGAACCUGGCAAGAAGCUGACAAUCUCAGUGCGGGCUCAACGUGAAAUGGAAACAUAUCUACAGAUGAAAUUAUCGAGAACUACAACGCUCAACAACGAUAAUGAGAAUCCAUUGUUGUUCUGGAAAGAACAAGAAAAAUUAUUGCCCAAUAUGUCUAAGUUAUCCAGAAAGAUAUUUAGUAUUCCUGCUUCGUCAACUGCGGUUGAACGUGCAUUUAGUUCAGCUGAUGUUGUUAUUUCUCAAAGAAGAACAAAUAUUAGUCCAUCGACUGUGAACGAUAUUAUACUUAUUCGAUCAUCUACCAAUCGUUCAAAGAAAAACAUAUAA